UUCCCAAGUUAUUCUCUUCAUCGUGAUCCAAAAUACUAUCCGCAUCCAGAUAAGUUUGAUCCAAAUAGAUUCCUGAACGGCAAUGUAGACAACUCGGUCUAUAUGCCAUUUGGAAUAGGACCCAGAAUCUGCAUAGGUAAUAGGUUUGCCCUAAUGGAAGUAAAAAUUAUGCUGUUUUAUUUACUUUGGCACUGCGAUGUUGAACCUCACGUUAAAACUAGAAUUCCGAUAAUAUUGAAGAAAACAUUUUCUAUGAUGGCAGACGGAGGUUUUUGGUUUAAAUUGCGAGCGAGGAAAUCAAAGGCCCCUGUUACAUAAUGCUUAUUGAACGAAUACGGAGUUGAGUAAUAUAGCAUAUUUAAAUUUUAAGCAUGAAUUUAUAUAAUUUGAUCUUUGAAAUUAUAACGAGAAUCCAUCCAUUUCCUCAAUUAAAACGUAUAAGAAAUUAUAAGUAAAAGUUUCAGAGAAGGUAUUCUUUUAAUACGUAUUGUUAUAAUAAAAAUUUAUCAAAUGUUAAAAAUGUUUUGAUAAAAAAUAAUAAUUGUUGUAUUAA